CAAAUAAUUUAACGGUUUUUUCAUGAAAUGCCCCUGAGGUUUUAAAAAACGCACCAAAUACCCUCGCCUGUUUCGAUUCACAUAAUAUACCCCUAUUUAUCCGUACUGUUCAUGACAUGCCCCUGUUAGCUAACGCCGUUAGUCUGCCGUUAGUGGUGUUUUACUUAUUUGCCCUUAAUUUUGGUUUAGCGCCAUUGACUUCCUUCACUUUCACAGAAAGACCAAAAAAAAAAAAAAACCGUUCACAUUUUUCUCUUUCUCUCUCCUCUCCCCUGUUCUUCUUCAAGCUCUAAUCCUACUCAAACCCUAGAAAUUCUGGGUAGAUCUUCAAUAUUUUUGUGAAUUUUGCUGCGCACCUUAAAGGCGAGUUCGUGGGUUGUGAUUUUGCUUCAAUCGCGACAAAAAAGGGAGAAACUUGAGGCGAUUUCCAGUUGAGUUAGUGUUGAAGAGGAAACGGGAAUUUAAAGUUGGUUAGUCUACUUCCAGGAUGAGUGCUAUUUGGUUGUUACUACGUUAUGGGUCACAUAGUUUUGAUAUUAGAGUGGGAGACAUGGAAAAAUAUCGUUUGUUGAAGUUGUUUCUUGAUAUCUUUGAGGAAUCAGUUAAGCAAGAUGUUUUUUUGCCUAGUACCUUUAGCUUGUAUGUUGAGGGUCCUUGUGGUAAGGUUGAAUUGAAUGAUGAUAAGACUUUAAGGCUUCUGUGGGGAUGGAAUUGGGGUAAAGACACUACUGAAAUUUGGGUUGAGGGAACAGAUAAACCAGGAUUGGUGUUUAGGAAUGCUGUUGCAACAAUUGAGAAUCAUAGAAAGGAAAAAGAGAGACAACUUAAGGAGAGACAAGAGGAACUGUUGAGGGCUCAAAGAGAGGAGGAAGAGGCAAUGAGGAAACAACAGGAAAGGGAGGACAUUUUGAGGGAAAUACAGGAACAAAUGGAGUACACUGUGGCUAUGGAGGUCCUUGUUGUUGAUUGUGAGGACAUGAAGGUUGAGUAUGUGAGAGUCAUUAGCAAAGAUGAUGCUGAUGAGGUGUUUCCAGGUUGCUCUCAACCAAAACAAACACAAGAAUCCCCAAAGAAACAACCCACCCCACCCAAACACACAAAUCAUGUUGCUUCUAAGUCAAAAGGCAAGGAUAAGCCUGCUUCUAAGAAACUAACCCCCAAAAGGAGGGCAUCAGCUAAACAACCCACCCCACAGAAACAACCCACCCCACCUAAACAACCCACCAAACAACCUACACCACCACCCCCACCACCCCCACCACAGAAAGAACCCACCCAACCAAAACAACAACAACACACACCACCACCAGAACAUCCCACCUCUCCACCACAACAACAACAACACACACCACCACCAGAACAUCCCACCUCUCCACCACAACAUCACACCCCUCCACCACCACCACAAAAUCCCACUCCACCACAGAACAACCAAACUGAUGAGCCUAACAAUCAAGCACCACCUGAUCAAGCUCAGCCAGUGAAAAAGAAGGGGGGCAGAGCUAGACCUGAGGGGUUUAGGGUUAACAAAGUCACUGCUAAGAAGGCUGGAACUUGGGUUUCCAAGGGAAAGGGAAAAGGGAGAAAGGGUACAGGAAGGUCUAAGACACCAGGGGUUUUUGCUGAUGUUGGUGAGAUAUGUUCAGAAGAGGAGAGUGAGGAUUCUGAUUAUGAGGAAUCAGAUUCUGAACAAGAGGAUGUUCUGAAUGAUUGGAUUGAUUCUGAUGUUGAUGAUGAGGUGAUUCCUGAUGAUAUUCCUGAUUUGGGGUUUGAGGAUUGUCUAAAUGGUUCCUCAAAGAUGGAUAAGGCCUAUAAAAAUGGCAAAAUAUGGACUGAUCAACCAUAUGGGUCCAUUAAGUUAGAACCCUGGUUGAUCUUUCAUGAUAAGGCCACAUUUCUUGAAGUGUUGAGAAGUUACUGCAUACAGGAGGGGUUUGGGCUUAGUGUUGAGAGGGCUGAUAAUAGGAGGUACACAGCAGUGUGUGCAGUGGAGUCAUGUGACUGGAGGAUACAUGCCAGUAGGUUGUUUGACAAUGUUAGCUGGGCCAUUAAGGUGAUCAGUGGGUCCCACAGAACUUGUGGGAGGCUUGAGGAGAAUCCAGUAGUGACCUCUGAGUGGUUGUGUAAGCAUAUGUUGGGGGAAAUAGAGGCAAAUCCAGAGAUUCCAGUGGAGACAUUGAGGAGGUAUGCACAGGAGAAGUUUCAGUUGAGGGUGAAAAAGAGGCUAUUGUACAAGGUCAGGAGUAUGGCAAAGGGAAAGCUGCAUGGUGGUUGGGCUGAAGCAUAUGAGCUGUUGCCUAGAUAUGCUGAGAUGAUUAAGCAAACAAACCCAGGGAGUCAUGCACUUAUAACAUGGGGGCCAGUAGUGGGGAUGUGAACCCAAAAUUCAGAGCUUGCUUCUUCUCAUUUGCUGCACAAGUCAGGGGGUUUCUAAGGGGUUGUAGGCCCAUAAUUGGAAUAGAUGGGGCUCAUUUAAGUGGUUUCUACAAGGGCAUUCUACUGACAGCAGUUGGCAUAGAUGGGAA